CUCUCGAUUGAGUACCCUAGUAGAAAUAGGUCCCCUAUCAAUCCCUUUACCUUUCCCGUCUCCUAACCCGAGAGUGGGAUCUAUACCCCGCAUAUUGAGCAAGCGGUCCCAUUCUGUCGUCGUUAUGUGGGGUCCUACAUCCCUGUAACUCUCCACAACCCCAACAAGCACCAUGUAUGAAAGCGCACAUAAUGGACAGACUUGAACAUUUUUUUUACUAAAGACUACCCACAAGUAAAUAUCUGCUAGAGACUGCUCAGACCAUACUCAUACAUCAUUCAGUAAACCCGUCGCUCGCACCUUUCAAAACACCCCUUCUUGAUCGCUUACCCCGACCGACAUUCACAUCUGUCUUCCAAAUGUCCAAACCCGUUGCCAUCGUCACAGGCGCCGGGUCCGGCAUCGGCCUCGCCAUCGCGACGCACCUACACUCCCUAGGAUAUCGCACCGUCAUCGCCGACAUGAACGCGGAAUCGGGAUCCGCAGCCGCCGCAUCCCUAGGGCCAGACGCAACAUUCAUCCAAACCGACGUCUCCAAUUACCGCUCGCAAGCUCUCAUGUUCAAGAAAGCAUUCGAAUGGGGCGGAAAUCGAUUGGACUUUUGUCACGCGAAUGCCGGUAUCGACGAUAGGCAGUUGUUGUAUGAGGACUUGGCGGAAGAGGCGGCCGUGGAUGAAGAGGGGUUGGUGAAGCCGCUGAAUACGAAGACGAUGAGCGUGAACUUGGAGGCUGUGAUUCAGGGAUUGUGGUUGUUUAAGUAUUAUGUCAGGAGGAGCGAGGGACCGGGGAGGGGGAAGGGGAAGUUUGUUGCGACCAGCAGUUCGGCGGGGUUGUACUAUAUGACGACAAAUCCGCAGUACACCGCAAGUAAGUAUGGAGUUGUCGGUUUGACGAGAGCAGCCGGACCCGUGUUUGCGAAAGAGGGGAUAACGGUGAACUGUAUCUGCCCUGCUUUUAUUCCAACGAAUCUUUGUCCACCGGAAAUGUUGGAGGUAUGGCCAAAGGAACACAUCACACCACUGUCAACGGCGGUAAAGGCGAUUGAUGCGUUUUUGAAUGAUGAUUCCAUGACUGGACAGGUUGUCGAGCUGUCACAGGAGAACAUAUACUUCAGGCAGAUGGUGGAUUGGGCGAAUGAGAGUCAGAAAUGGAUUGGUACGGAGAGCCUGGCGAUAUGGGAUAAGGCGUAUGCGAAGGUACAUGAGAAGAAGAAGGGUACUAACUAGUACUUCCAUUACCAUUCAAAUACAGGAUCAGAAUCUGAUGCCUUCUUUUUCCGC